AUGCCAAACUCAGUCAGCACAUGCACCAGCAUGUUCUUUUUUUGUUUCUGGUUGAUCUACAACCAUCCGGCCUAUAAUUCAUGGCAAUCGCAUAAAGCUUCCAUUUGUUUACGAGAUGAUCAAAAAAGCGCUGUUUAUUGUCUAGCCAAUGUUUCUUUAGUCGAAUAUAAAAGCCUUUAG